AGGAAAAAAGAAUUGCAAAACAAUAGGUAUAAUAUGAAAGUUGAAAUUUUCAGGAUCAUGGUUAGUGGUGGAGAGCACUUCUCCAACAUUACCUAAAAUAAGAAGAACAACGCACCAACAAAACAUUGAUACUCUAUGUACAACAACAACAAGCCCUUGUUUCCAUCUCUCAAUACUAACUACCACAACCACCAUUUUACUUUUAGUAUUUCUUUUUUUCCUUCAACAAAUUCAAAAAUAUCAUAUUCAAUGGAUAAUUCCCCUACACUUUCGGUUUUGCAUGUUUUGCGCUACUCCCAAAUUCCCCAUCAUUCCCUCAUCUCUCUUCUUUCUCUCUCUUCAUUCUCUACCCAUCCUCUCUCUUUCAUGCCAAUUUUUGUCUGAAUACUUUGUCACAACCAAGACAACAAACAUUCAAACCCCAUUACAACUUUUAAUCAUGGAUGCCGAGAAAGACAAACCCCACGUUGAAAAAUCUCCAAGCUUUGAUUCCAAAACUACCAUGGAUGAUGACUCGGAAAAGGACCAACCACUCCCUGAAAAAUCCCCCACAGACAUUACCGAUACCAAAACCGAACCCGAAAAAGACGAUGUCAAUGACAAUGAAAAUGACAAGGGUCGAGAUCUCCCUGAUGAUGACGACAACGGAGUUAAGAAUCCAUCAUCACCUAAAUCACCCUCAGAUGCAGCCGAUCCCAAUUCUGAAAAUGCCCUCGAUUCCGAGAUCAAAGAGGAAAAAGAAAAAGAAGAAGAAGAAGAAGAAGAAAAGCCAGCUUUGCCACCUGAUCUCAACAAAAUCGUUGAAGAGAUUGAUCAAUUCAUCGCCCAAUUGAUCGACGACACCACGGGCCCGCCUGACUUGCCAAUUUCCGUAGAACAAUUUGUGGUCCUGAUGGAAGCGAAGAUCGAAGAUUACGAUUCCGUUGAUACCCCUGUGAAAUGGGGCCAACUAUCUGCAGAAGAUUCAUCUUCAUUCCUCGAAAACGUGAAUCGUGUUUCUUCUCUGUCAAAAACUCUCUCAAAAUUCUCGUCGGAUUACAAAUAUGCUUAUUCUAUCAAUCGAGUCGGAGGCGUUCUCCAGCGCUUGAUGUCGUAUGUGGAAGAAGAAUUCAAGUCACUCCUCGAGGAUUACAAGAUCCAAGAUUCCGAUCCCAGUAAUAAUAAAAAUGGAGAUACAAAGCCACCUAAGCAAUCACCUCCCAAUCAAGAAUCAGAUCAGAACCCACCCACGGAAUCAGAAGCCGCAGAUCAAGAACACAAUAUUAUAUCAGGAUAUUCCGACGAGAUUCUGUCGGACUUGAUUAGAUUAUCCGACGCAAUGAUCGCCGGAGGCUACGAAACGGAGUGUUUCCAGGCGUACCUAGUGGCGAGAAGAAAUGCACUGGAGGAGAGGCUCCACCAGCUCGGUUUUCAGAAGCACAGCAUGGACGAAGUGCACAAGAUGCAAUGGGAGUCACUGGAGAGGGAGAUCGAGUCAUGGAUCAAAAUAUUCAAGCAAGUAGCCACAGUUUACUUCCCCAACGAACGCAAGCUCUCAGAUUCCGUCUUCUCCAACCACUCCUCAUUCUCCGAGACCCUGUUCGGAAGUUUGGCGUACAACGUAACAAUCCAGCUCCUAAAUUUUGCCGAGGCCGUUGGGCUGACUAAGCGGGCCCAGGAGAAGCUGUUCAAGUUUAUCGACACGUACGAGGCUCUGAGAGAUACUGUGCCGGAGAUGGAUGCCUUGUUCGCGGAAGAGUGGCUGGUGGAGCUGAAAACGGAGGCGUCGAUUAUAAGAAGCAGACUGGGGGAAGCCAUGAUUUUGAUUUUCAAUGAAUUAGAAAACUCGAUCAGGGGUGACUCAGCGAAGAAUCAGGUUCCAGGAGGGGCCGUUCAUCCGUUAACUAAGUACACAAUGAAUUACCUGGAAUUUGCAUCAUCGUACAGGACAACAUUGGAGCAGGUCUUUCGGGAGCAUCAGAAGAUCGAGAGAGCUGACUCGGCAACUGGAUCGGAGUAUGACUACACUUCGCAGGCACAGAAUGUCAGCAGCGGUAGUGAGGCGGUGAAGCAGUCUCCUUUCCAGGCACAGAUAAUAAAAGUGAUGGAUCUCAUGGAUGCUAAUGUGGAAGCAAGAUCAAAGCUUUACAAGGACCCUUCUUUGAGCUCGAUUUUCAUGAUGAACAAUGGAAGGUACAUCUUGAAGAAGAUCAGAGGGUCGAGCGAGCUCAACGCACUGAUGGGCGACACGUGGUACCGGAAAAAGUCGUCGGAUCUGAGGCAGUACCACAAAGGGUACCAACGGGAAACGUGGGGGAAAUUGCUGAGCUGUCUCACGCAGGAGGGUUUGACUGUGAAUGGGAAAGUGAUGAAGCCGGUGCUUAAGGAGAGGUUCAAGAGUUUUAAUGCCAUGUUCGAUGAGAUACACAAGACGCAGAGCAAUUGGGUAGUCGGAGACGAGCAACUUCAGUCGGAGCUUAGGGUUUCGAUAUCGAACAUGGUCAUUCCAGCGUACAGAUCCUUCCUAGGAAGGUACGCUCAGACUUUUACUCCGGGGAGGCAAACGGAGAAGUAUGUAAAGUAUCAGGCAGAAGAUAUAGAAACGUAUAUCGAUGAGCUUUUCGACGGGACUGCAACUCCGAUGGGAAGAAAGAAGCCAUAAAAAAUUGUUGUGCCACACAAAAGAAGAGAUCAUCCCUGCAAAAUAAGAUGUGGUGAAAGCCAAAUAUCAGUAGCUAUAUAUGAUGCUGCGUUCUUUAUAAAUUAAUUAAUUAAAUUAUAUUGGUAGGCUAAGUUCAUAUGAAGAGCCCUGAAGAUUUGAUCAGCAUAUUUCGUUGGAUUUGAUUUCUAGGGCCAAUCAAUUAUCUGAAAGGUGAUUGAUAAUAGGGGCCUCAGUUAUUUAUCCCUUUUAAUUUGUCUUAAAUCAUUUUGUAUUUUCAUUUUAUUUCACUUCAUCUGUUGAUUAGUGUAAUCCAGAAUGCUGUUUUGUAGCUGUUCUUUCAUAGUUAUACAUUGUAUUUUUAUUGCAAUAUACAGCAAUUAAUUUUGUCAGAGAGAA